CUUCAGCUUACAUUUAAACGACGCUAUUAAGUUCUUUAAAUAAAGCGAUGCCAGUCUAACCUUUAUAGCUUAAAUGAAACGUCUCAUAUCAAGUACAUUGUUUUUAUAGUUAUGCAUUACCAGCCACACUAUCCUGCUUUUCCCCCUUUUUAGCAGCGCUCAUGCGUAGUUAUGACCCUCUGACGGACCAACUUUUGUCCGGUGUUUAUUUUUCCAAUAAAAGAUAAUGAAGGUCGAUUGGCUGAUAUUAAUGGAGUAAUCUUUAAACGAAUUGUUCUAUUUGGGGAAAACUUGGCACCUGAAAAAUAUAUUACCGAACAUUAUAUCCAAUCAAAGCUGCUACUCUUUAAUGCAUAAAUAAACCGAGAGAAUAAAGAGAGGAGCACUGCUUUUUUCCCUAUAUUUAUCUAUGGACAUCAUAAAUCACAACUACAACAUAUUCCUUGAAAGAAUUGCUCCUUUCCUUCAAAAGAGGGUCAAGAAGUCAUAUAUCGGUGUUGCUGUUCUUCUGAUCUGUGCUCAACAGGUGUACUCCUUCUUUAGAGUCCCCAAGAAGCUUCGACAUAUCCCUGCUGUUUCUGCCUAUGCUAUGAUUAAGUCUGCACUCAGAGGUCAAUCCCGUGUUGACUGUGAAAUGGAACUGCUUCUACCUGUUUCUCACAAAGGCAACGGAAUCUAUCUCAAUAAAGUUCCUGUUACUUGGACAGUCUACGUUGCUGAUCCAGUUGCUGCCAAGCAGCUGCUGAUGAAAACAGAUAUCUUUCCUAAAUCCCAUCAAACGCUCAAAAUGAUUGGAAAAACAGGAUUUGUUGUUAAUUUUCUAGGUUGCGACAAUAUCGUAAUGUCAAACGGACAUGUGUGGAAAAAGCAGCGAUCAUUAAUGAACCCAGUCUUUCAUCGGUCAAUGCCAAUCAGAACAAUGGGUGAAGGAGUCAAGGCACUCUUUUCCAUUAUUGAUAGGGAGAACGGUACUAUUAACGUCUCUAAUAAAAUGCAAGAAUUCACACUUGAUGUUCUUGGUAUUACAACAUUCGGCUUUGAUUUCAAAUCUAUGGAAGGUGAUCCCGAGAAGUGGGGUGAAAUGUAUCAUCUUGUGAAUAAGCAGCUGAUUGAUCCCAUUGAGUUUAUAUUUUUCAAAUGUGCUCCUCUUUUACAUCGCAUUCUUCCCGAGAAAAGAAGGGCCCAUGCUGCACUUGCCAGGUUGAACGCUAAAUUUGACGAGCUUGCCAAACAAAGACGCACAGAACUGGAGCAUGGAUCUCUUGACAAUGUUCCUGAAAACGAAAAGGACCUUCUUACUCUGAUGCUCGAAGCCGAAAGGAGAGGAGAAGCUAUUGUGACUGAAGAGCAACUGAGACACAACAUUGCCGUUAUCUUCUUGGCUGGUCAUGAGACUACUGCAAACACUCUGUCACUCUGUUUGUAUAAUCUCGCUAAACACAAACAUGUGCAAGACAAGCUCAGAAAAGAAGUUAUUGAGGUCUUGGGCGAUGAACCAGUAGAUGUUACACCUACAUUGGAAGAGUUAAAGAGAAUGGAAUACUUGAACAUGGUCAUUAAGGAGGUAAACAAUGAAUCCGGGGAUUGAGCUCAUGGUGUGUAACAAUUUCUGCAGAAUCUUCGACUGAAUGGACCU